GCAGACCCUGCCUGCCACACCCAUGGAGGUGGGAGGCAAGGAGACGAUCUACAUCGAGGACGAUUCCCCCGUGGAAAAUCAUCCCCGCGUGGAGGAUUCCCCCGUGGACGCCGGAUUCGACGAGCUGGGCUCCGAGGACGAAAUGGAGCUGAUCAAGGUGGCUGACCGCGUCGGCAACGCCGCUGACCGCGCCAGCGACUCCCGCGACGAUGACCUGGACGAGGGGGUCAAGUUCGACGAUCUGGACGAGGAGGUCAAAUUCGACGACCUGGACGAAGAGGCCGAGCUCGACGACCUGGAUGAGGAGGAUGAGCUCGAGCUCAUGAAAUUGGCUGACCGGGCCGCGGCUUCUCUGCCUCCGCAGUAAGGGCUCACUGAACCGCGGGCCCUUUUGAUGAGCUCGAGGAGAGCGAGGUGACUUUAUUCACAUCCUGAGUAAAAGGGACAGGCAUGCAGCACGAGUAGGCCAAAGGGCAGCCAAGGGGGAGGGAUAUCUCAGUCAAGGGCUUCCCUGACAAGUUUAGUAUAUCUGGCAU